AUGCAUCUAAUAAUUAUUACACUUGUGUUAUUUAUGUUCCCAUCAUCUGGCCUUGGAGCAUCAUCGAUAGAACAUUGGUCAGUGGGCAAUGUUAUAUUCAGUAAACAAUUUGCGUUAGAUAUUUAUUCACCAACCACGCCAGGCCCUUAUCCUGUUAUCAUCUAUCUUCCGGGUUUUUCAGGUGUCGUGAGUGCCACAUAUUACACCACACUGAUGACAACAAUCACCGAACAAAAUCUCAUCAUUAUUGGCAUAAGUAAAAUUGAAAGUGUUAAACCAGAAGAAGUUGCUCAACAUAUCCAAGAUUUUCUCAAUUGGGUCGUAACACCCGAUGGUGCUAAAAAGCUCUUUCUUGAUCAUAAGAAAGUGAAAGACGUAAUACCAGACGUUGAGCGCCUUGCAUUUUUAACUCACUCGUCAGCCGGUCAUCCGCUCGGACAAUAUUUAAACUCAACUUGUGGUCCAGUUAAAGUGAUAGUGAUGAUGAAUCCUGUCGAUGGUAUAGAUCCAUUUGGUCAUGCACAAGACUUUAUAACUCAUCCUCCAAAUCCAUUACCAUUUCGUUUGCCAACAUUAAUUAUUAGUGCUGGAUUAGAUAACGUUUCAGUUAUUCCCGAUGGACCACCAUGUGCUCCAAUACAACGACAUUUUGGUGAUUAUAAUACUGCAAAGUUUUGGAUUCAAAAAGCUAUUGAAUUGGAGCCCGUCAAUGUCGACGUUCGAAGAGAAGAAAAAACAAUCAAAAUGAAAUACGAACGAAUACCAGUAAACGAAGCUUUGAAUUUGAACUCUCGCUCGUUAAAUCUCGAUGAACAACGGCCAUGGUAUAACAUCUUAUCCAUUGAUGGUGAUGGUAUUCGAGGCAUGAUUCCGGCAAUUUGGCUAAUGGAACUCGAACGUAAGAUCCGACAGCCAAUCUCAUCGAUAUUUCAUGUUGUAGCUGAUAUACUUAUGUGUACCACGGCUGCACCCACUUAUUUUCCCGGCUACCGACUCAAAAAUAGUGUUUAUGUUGAUGUACAGACAAAUAAUCCAGCAAUGAUCGCUUACAAUCAUACUCUAAAUUUGUAUCCAAAUUGUGACAGAAAUCGUAUACGGCUUCUAUCAUUGGGUACUAGUGAUUAUGUCUAA